GCCCCAGACUUCUGGCCACCUGCGUCUGAUGGGUUGGUGACCUCUCAUUGCACCAGGCUUGGGAGCCAUGUGGCCCAAUGGCAGCUCCCCAGGACCCUGCUUCCGGCCAAUGAACAUCACACUGCAGGAGCGGCGUCUCAUCGCAUCGCCUUGGUUUGCUGCAUCCUUCUGCGUGCUGGGCUUGGGGUCCAACCUGCUGGCCCUAAGCGUGCUGGCCAGGGCACCAUCUCCGCGCUCAUCCUUCCUCACCCUCCUGUGCGGCCUGGUCCUCACCGACUUCCUGGGGCUUCUGGUCACCGGCGCCAUCGUGGUGUCGCAGCACGCUGCACUCUUCGCCUGGCAGGCCGCUGACCCCAGCUGCCGUCUCUGCCACUUCAUGGGGGUGGCCAUGGUGUUCUUCGGGCUGUGCCCUCUGCUCCUGGGCGCUGCCAUGGCCUCAGAGCGCUACGUGGGCAUCACGCGGCCUUUCUGGAGACCGUCGGCCACAUGGCGCCGCGCCUGGGCCACCGUGGGGCUGGUGUGGUUGGCCGCUCUGGCACUGGGGCUGCUGCCGCUGCUGGGCCUCGGCCGCUACACCGUGCAGUACCCUGGUUCCUGGUGUUUCCUCACGCUCGGGACACUGCACAGCGACGUGGCCUUUGGCCUGCUGUUCUCACUCCUGGGCAGUGUGUCUGUGGGCCUGUCCUUCCUGCUCAACACCGUGAGCGUGGUCACGCUCUGUCGCGUCUACCAUGACCGUGAAGCUGCGCGCCAGCGCCCACGGGACUGCGAGGUGGAGAUGAUGGUGCAGCUGGUGGGCAUCAUGGUGGUGGCCACCGUGUGCUGGAUGCCCCUGCUGGUCUUCAUCGCACAAACCUUGCUGGGGGCCACCCCGGUCAUGAGCCCCUCUGGGCAGCUGUUGCGGGCCACGGAGCACCAGCUGCUCAUCUACCUGCGUGUAGCCACUUGGAACCAGAUCUUGGACCCCUGGGUCUACAUCCUCUUUCGCCGCUCGGUGCUUCGGCGCCUGCACCCACGGCCCAGUUCGAGGUUCCGGGCUCUGCCCUUGCACCCGCCCCCAGUCCAAGCCGCAUUCAGUGGACCCUGAAGGACAGUGUCAACCAAACCUCAGGUCCUCAGUGACUGCCACAGGCCUGUGCCCCAUCUCAGGAGCCCAGGAGGGGGCCACUGACAUAGGGCCGAUGCCUCCUUGAUGCUAGGGAUGUCCUCCCUGACCCCCAGAGUUCCCCCAGUCCAGGUAGGGUGCUUGGGUCACUUGUAGGAGGCCCAUUGCAGGAGCUGUGGGAACCAGCUGAGACCCAGAGCCCGAGACACCUAGCUUCACGUUUCUCUGGGCUCAAGGGUCAUCAGCGUUGGUUGGAUAUUGAAAGCAUCUGUCUGAGUCCCACAGUCAGGUCUGGAGACACCAACCUCUCCAGUGUUUACUGAGCCCCCUCUCCCACAGCUGCCAACACACUUGCUCAAUAAAUGGUUGAAU